GUGUGUGAACAUACAGAGUAAUCAACGAAGCUUUGAGUGAAGGGUUGAGCCGCAAGGCCUUGCAACCCCUACUAUUCCUGCUACGUGGCCAGGGGAACACAUCAUCCCUACCGGUACCCGCCGUGUGCAAUCUGGAAGUCCAAGCAAUCGCAAGAACGCUAGCAGCCGCCUGCAAGUAGCCAAAUAUGUCCGACUCCCCCCAAUCUCCUCCCAAGGAUGUCGACCAAGGUGCACCGUCACCCGGCGACGAAGGACAAAUGAACGAUCCUCAAGACCCACAGUCCACCGGCCUCUCCUACGAGUUCGAGGUAAAGGAGCAGGACAGAUGGUUGCCUAUAGCCAAUGUCGCCCGGAUUAUGAAGAAUGCUCUCCCUGAAAAUGCGAAGAUUGCCAAAGAGGCAAAGGAGUGCAUGCAGGAGUGUGUGAGCGAGUUCAUCUCCUUUAUAACCAGCGAGGCUUCGGAGAAAUGCCACCAGGAAAAGCGAAAGACGGUAAACGGCGAAGAUAUUUUGUUUGCCAUGACGUCGCUAGGCUUUGAAAACUACGCAGAGGCACUUAAGAUUUACCUCUCCAAAUAUCGUGAAUCACAGUCCAACAGGAGCGAGGGCCAGGCGAACCGCCCCAACAGUGCUUACGGCAGCCACCCUCCUAGUGGUGCUGGGAAUUUCCAGGGCGAUACCUCCAAUAAUCUCAUGUCUGCGCCUCCUGGCGACGGCGGCCCCGACGGCUCUGGCUACAUCUAUCAGUCGCAGGCAGGGCACAACGGCGCCGGACCGUCAGACGGUUACUGAAGGAGGCCCAUGAGCUACUUGACGUCGUUAUUCUUCUAUUCCAGCAGCAUGGUCCCACUCCGGGAUUGGGAUCGACGACGGUGGCCACUCCUGGGAUUGGGAACGUCUGAUAUGCAUUGAU